AUGGGCAUCGUACAAUACCUCCAAGUCAUGCUGUUUGUAUUCAAUUUGACACUCUCCUCUGUGGCAAAGAAAGCGUUGAAUUGUCAAAACUUCAAGUUUGCUAUCGAUGAAGAUGUCGUCCAUAAUCACAUUCUUAAGGGUCACGUGUUUCAAAGAUUAACAGUGCCCAAUGCCAUCCAGUGUCACUUGAAGUGCAAAGAUGACUGCCUGUGUGUAUCUAUGAACUAUUUCACUAGCUCCAAAGAAAAUAACUGCGAACUUAACGUUGCUAAUAAAGACAUGGAGCCAGCGGCGAUGAAAUGGAUGCAAGGAGGAAAUUAUUACGAUUUGGUGAGGAGCUACACGGUGAAGGUGAGAUACACUGUUCAUUUAAUUCCUUAUUCAUUUAUUUAUCAACUUUCGUAAAUAAAAUAAAUAUUCCCACAUGAUCAAGUUUUCUGGUACUCCUUAAGAAAGAGAUGUGUUAUAUGUCAGUCCGGGCCAAAGACAAUUUUGUGCACACUGUUUUGUCUGCGAUAUGAUUGGUCUAGACAAAACAAAAACAAACUGAUUUGACUGAGAGAAGAUUGGGUCCAUUCUCUCUCUCGCAAACUUUUUCCUUAACGGCCAUGUUGUAAUGCGAAGGGAACGGCAGAACAGAAGCGACUACAAAUUUCUUAAAGACAUUACUGACUUAACCAUUGCUGUAUUACUGCAUUACAGAUCUAAUUUCGAGGGACAUUUCAUCUCCAUUCUGGCACCCCGCUAUGUGUUGCACGCAUACGUACUUUGCUCGCACUGUUUGUUAUCAAUUCGAUCCGAUUCCGGUGAGAUUUGUCGAUGGUUGCUCAAAAGUACAUGCCAACCCAAUUCGAUGAGCAUGGUGAGCUAAAAAAUUACUUUAAUCUUGCUGUAGGGUGGAGACAGAUACGCACCAGAGAAGCAUCAUUGCAUCAACAGAUGCUGCCGCACCAAUCCUUGUCUCAAUGGAGGGGUAUGUCAGGAGAUUUGUGACACUCACAGCACCAGGUUUAACUGUACCUGUCCUAACACAUACUCUGGUCAGCUGUGUGAGAAGAAGAUGAAACAUCCGAGAAGCUGCAAAGACAUAGCUAAGAACGGUGCCUCGACAUCAGGAAAAUACGACAUCUCAAAUUCAGACAAUGAACGGUUUUCUGUUUACUGUGACUUGCAGUCUGAACCUGGCUUUGUAUGGACGUUAAUACAAUCGUUUUCCUUUUCCAAGAGAAAUACCUUCAAUUAUGCAGGGUUUGGCAAAAACCUUGAGAUUGAUAUUGAAGAGGGGGAAGUAAAUUGGAACGAGUUCCGACUAUCCUUAUCACAGAUGCAGUAUCUUGCUAAUCACUCUACACAUCUGAGAGCAACUUGUAACUUUUCUACGGAUGGCCUGCAGUAUACGGACUACGCACGCGCUAAGUUGGCAGGUCAUGACAUUUUUGGUACCUGGAACACCUGCCAGAUGUACGAAUAUGUCAAUAUCCGAGGAAUUUAUUGUUCUAAUUGCACCGCUUUCACAAAACAGAAGGAAGAUGUGUCCUGGCACAUAAGAAGUUACAAUAGCAUAAAAAAUGGAUGUGAAUUUAAUGGAAUACCAGGUGGAGUCUCCGAUGAAAACAAUUUCGGAAAAUUUGAAAAAAAUUUCUCAAAUCCGGAUCACCGCUGCUCGUUUUCUCCUGCUUCUACAACGCAGCAUUGGUUUGGAGCUAAAUGUGAC